AUGCACGAGAUUGGCGACGAAGAGAGGUUCUGGGUCAACCAUUACGAGUGGCUCAAGACGUCUGGCUAUGAACUGCGAUCUCGCUGGGCUCCUGGAUGGACGGCGUCAUGGCUAGCAGAUCCGAAGAAGGACUUGAUGUUAUGCGAUGAUUUUCUGUCUAUGCCUCGUGCUCGACUCAUGGAUGCUACUCGUAUCUGUGAUCAGACGAGGGUCCUGUUGAAACUCCUCAGGCCAUCAUACAGUCGCUAUGAGCAAAAAGUCCAGGCGUUCUUCAGCCAGGAGCCCCAGGCGUCGGAUCCGCGAAAUCACUGUGUUCCUCUCUUGGAGACUCUUGAGGUGCCUGACGAGGAUCGUGCCCAAAUCCUAGUUAUGCCCAUACUUCGCAAGUACGACAGUCCUGCAUUCGAUACCAUUGGAGAGGCGUUGGGAUGUAUUCAGCAAAUAUUUGAGGGUCUCCAGUUUAUGCAUCAUAAUAACGUUGCCCAUAGGGACAUAUCUACGUUCAACCUUAUGAUGGAUGGCUCCAUGUUCACGGAGGAGUUUCAUCCAGCGCAGGUGGAAUACACACGCGAUCUCACCAGGAAGGCCCGCUACAUAAGUCGUACAUGGAAGUCCCCUAAGUAUUACCUUAUUGACUUUGGUUUGUCCCGACGUUUCGAAGAAGGGGAACCACACAUCGAUAUCCGGAUUCUCGGUGGAGUGAAGACUGUCCCAGAAGCUCGCUCUAAGGAACCUUAUGAUCCAUUCCUUGCAGACAUCUACUGUCUUGGGCAUUGGGUAGAUAAGGAGUUUGUCAAGGGAAGAAACGGUUUCGACUUCCUGCGGAAUCUUUCAAAGGAUAUGAUGCAAGAGGACGCGAGCAAGCGACCGACCAUCGACGAAGCCGUGAGGCGGCUGCAAGACCUCAUUCAGGGACUCUCUGCUUGGAAGGUACGAUCUCGCGCAUCAAAGCGCCAUGGGAAUCUUUUUAUAGGGCUUGGCCGUGUGGUAAAGCACUGGCCUGAUAGGAUUGUUUAUAUUUACUCGCACAAACCUGCCGUUCCAGUUCUACAGUAG